AAUCAUCCUCUGACCAGAGUGGCGCCUUCCGGCCUUCGUGAUUACUCGGUCUCUACACCUCGUGAAAUGGCCUUAGCUCAAUUCUCUGCGUAUCUCUCCUUCCCCCUUCACAAUCAUGGCGCGAUGAGCUUAACCAGAAUGACGAACCCUAGAUGUUGGGUUCGUGUUCCAGGCCUUGGUGGAAGCCGCUCCACCUUCGCUUCCGGUUCUCCUCUCUUGCCGGAAAAUUUGAGAAUUCAUGGUGGAGGAAGACGUAGAAACAGAGCGGCGUCAGUUUCGAUAAGGUGUGAGCAAAGCCCCGAGGGAAGCAACAGUUUGGAUGUAUGGCUCGGACGCAGUGCCAUGGUUGGCUUUGCCAUCGCCAUUACUGUCGAAACAGCCACUGGCAAGGGACUCCUCCAGAAUUUCGGAGUAGCGGCCCCAUUGCCUACAGUGGCCUUGGCACUCACAGGGUUCAUCGGCGUUCUAACCGCUGUGUUCAUCUUCCAAUCUGGUUCUAAAUCCUAACUACCCUUCCUUAUGGUAUCCACAUGUUUUCCUUCAUCGUCCGAAAAUGUCAAGAAUUUCUUGUUCAUGAGUAUCCCGAUCCUUUUCAGCUUUAGUUGAACCAUAUAUAUAUAUAUAUAUUCUUCCUCCUUAUCAGAAUAUGCAACUCCACAUUUUACAUAUCACAUUCAUGGUCUCUUUUCUUGUCACAUAUAGGAAGAUCUUCAAGAACAAACAUUGCAUAUUG